AUGGAUCACGUAACCUCCCCUCAGGAACGACUCGCCUGCGCAACCAUGCAUGCCGACCUCCUCAGGUCGCUCUUGAUGCACCCAGUCGUUAAGUACACGCCCGAUGGACAGCCAGACCGGUCAAAAAUUCCAGACUCGGUCUACUAUGUAAUCGAUUUCGAAGUGAGAACGUACCGCGAUUACAUCCUUCCUCUCCUGCCGCCGGACGCGGAAAAACACAGUCACGACCUGGCUGUUUUCCAGGCUGCCGAUGGCAACAACGAUAUGCUCGCUGAUGACUUGUUCCCUCGAAUGAGUGUAGGCGGAUUCGAAGAGAAGUGGACGGACAGUAUUAGUCGAGCGAUGCUGAUCUCAAUGAUCAUCACGGAACCGAGUAUGAUGACAAAGUUUGGAACUCCUUUCGACCUUGGUCCAGAAGUGAAGGCUGCAGCAAGAGCUUUCCUGAGCGAUUAA